AUGUCCGUGAAGUUUCUCAAAGAAAAGAUACUCAGUCGAAGGGUUAAGACCGUGGAGCAGCCAAAGCGCAAGGCUUACAUCGUCUUCGAGGACUUUAUGCAGCUGCCGGUUUACUUCUAUCACACGAUUGGCCUCAGCCCCUAUGAGAUGCGGGGCAGCAAGAAGCCUGGCAUCGGAUUCCACAUACUCUUUCUCAUCCACAUGGUCAAUGCGAACUUUGUGCUGGCCAUGGAGAUCACUUUUGUGGUUGUUUCGUUCAGGCACAACGAGAACUUCAUCGAGUCCUGCAUGGUGAUGAGUUACAUUGGGUUCGUGAUUGUGGGUGAGCUGAAGAUCGUGACGGUGCUGCUGCAGCGCCAGAAGCUGACCAAUUUGGUGCGCCAAAUGGAGUCUGUCUUUCCAGCUGCCAGGCAGAAGGAGCAGGAGGAGUACGAUGUCAAGAGAUACCUGCAACGCUGCCUGCGCUACACCAAGGGCUUCGGUGGACUCUAUGUGAUACUCAUUCUCACCUACAAUGUGUUUGCCAUCUUCACGUACCUGCUGCAAAAGUGGAUUCUGCACUCGCCGCAUGCCAAGCAAUCGCUGCCCUAUACGCCGAUUGCUCCCUGGGAGUGGCGCGACAAUUGGACGUAUUAUCCCACAUAUUUUUCGCAGACGCUGGCGGGCAUGACCGUCACUUGGGGACACAUUGCCGCCGACCUCAUGAUCUUUGCCGUGGCCAUACAGGUCAUCAUGCACUUUGAUCAUCUGACCAAGUCGCUGACUGAGUUUACGGUGCGAGCCCAAUCCGAGGUGAAUGGCGCGGACAAAGACUUAAAGGAGUUGCAGGCACUCAUUGGUUAUCAUAAUAAGAUCUUAGGCCUCACUGGCGUCAUGAACGAGGUCUUCGGCUUCGCUCUCUUGCUCAACUUUAUGGCCCAAUCGGCGCUCGUUUGCUUCGUGGGCUUUCAGAUGUCGCUCGGCAUCAGUCCGGAGUUGCAGGCGAAACUGUUCCUAUUUUUGCUCUCUGCCAAUUCGGAAAUUUAUCUCAUCUGCAAGUUCAGCCAAAUGCUGAUCGAUGCGAGUGGCAGCAUAAGUUUUGCUGUCUAUGACAUGAACUGGUCGCAGGCCGAUUCGCGAUUCCGCAAGAUGCUCAUCGUGCUGGCAAUGCGUGCCCAGAAGCCUGUCUGUCUCACGGCCACUGUCUUUUUGGACAUCUCCAUUGAGACCAUGAGUAUCUUCUUGCGCAUGUCGUACAAGUUCUUCUGUGCCAUACGCACGAUGUAUCAGUGA